UCAUCAACAUCUUCAGCAGCAGCCACAGCCACAGCAGCAACAUCAUCAACAGCAUCAGCAGACAACACUGCGCAAACUGAGAGCAGCGCCCAACUGCAACAAUUCGAACAAUUUCAAUCCCCAUUCAAAUGCGAAUCCUCAUGAGGAUGGCAAGUCCUCGGUGCUGCGGAAUGCCAAUAACAAUAACAGUAACAGUAACAAUGGCCAUGCCAAGAUGACGACGCUCAAGUCUAGCCCCAAGCCGAAGGAGACCAAGCGAAACGGAAGAGCUGCGCUCAAGCGUGAGAUAAUCGAGCUGGACGACGACGACGACAACGACAACAACGAUGUCGAAGAUGAUGAGGACAAUGUCCAUAACGAUGAUGCUGUCGAAGAUGCUGAUGAUGACGACGAAGAAGAUGAUGAUGAUGUGGGUACGCCACCUGACGAACAAUUGGAAUGGUCGGCAGCACAAUCGCUGGUGCAAAUGAACUCCAAGCAGGAGAAACAGCGACGUCUGGGAGCAGUCAUAACAGCAACAGGAGCAGCAGCAGCAGCAGCUGGAGCAACAGCAGCAACAGGAGCAACAGCAACAGCAGGAGUUGGAGGAACAACCACAGCAGUAUCAGCAGCCGCAGUAUCUAUGCGCCGUCCAGUGGCCUUUGGUCGCGCCCCAGCCGAGGAUGGCAAGGUGAUCUUCUAUGCGCCGCCAGCGAAUGCAAAUGGCGCUGCUCGUCAACCGCAGCCCAUCACAAUCAAACGCGAGAGGGAGCAACAGGUGGUUGCAGCUGCUUCGCCUUCGUCGUCUUCGUCGGCCAUCUACAGGGGACGCAGCGUGGAGGAGACGGAGGCGGCACAUGAUUUGUUGUCGCUGUCGCAGAGCUUGCCACCGCUGAUUCCACCUUGUGUGGUGACCAUUAUGAAGCAGGAGGUGGCACACAAGUCGCAGCCUGAGCACUUGCCCAUCAUGCAGGAGAUCUCGAAUACUUCCAAGUCCGUGGUGCAGUCGCCACAAUCGCCGUUGCAAUAUCACGGCAGCAGUGGGGUUAGCUCGAAUAUCAGAUUCAUUGGCAGCAGCUCUUACGACAUGUUGCACAAUGCGCCGGAGGCAUCGAACAAUUGCUCGCCCUUGACGCCGCCCAACUCCGAUCACAGCUCCGAUGUGGACAUCGAUAUGUCCUCAUCCUCUGAAUCCGGCCAACUGCAUUGGAACAACAAACAACCGUCGUCAGGGGGGCAACAACAGCAACGUGCCUCCGCUCUAAAGAUGUGUCUCAACAUGCUCGAUGGCCGCACCAAGGCCAGCAAGGCGGCCAGCAAGGACAAAGAGCACCAGCAGCGACCCAAAAGCAUCAGCAGCCAAAGCAGCUCCAUUGCCGUGGCCAGCGAUUCGUCCAACAGCGCAGCAAGUGGCGCCGCAGCUGCAGGCAAUGUUGCCACCGCAGGUGGGGGCAGCAAUGUGGCCACUGCGGGCAGCGGCGAGAACUAUGCGAAACGCAAGCGCGGCUGCUACAAGUGCACCGAAUGCGGCAAGCAGUAUGCCACAUCGAGCAACCUGUCGCGCCACAAGCAGACGCAUCGUUCGCUUGACUCGCAGUCGGCCAAGAAGUGCACCACAUGUGGCAAGGCCUACGUCUCGAUGCCAGCGCUGGCGAUGCAUCUAUUAACGCACAAACUAUCGCACAGCUGCGACAUCUGUGGCAAGCUCUUCUCGCGUCCCUGGCUGCUCCAAGGUCACCUCCGUUCGCACACCGGCGAGAAGCCCUACGCUUGUGUCCACUGUGGCAAAGCAUUUGCGGACCGUUCUAAUCUUCGGGCGCACAUGCAAACUCAUUCGGGGGACAAGAACUUCAAGUGCCAUCGCUGCAACAAGACGUUUGCGCUCAAAUCGUAUCUGAACAAGCAUCUGGAGUCGGCUUGUUUGCGGGAUGCGGGCGCCAUAUCGUUGGGCAAGAGUGUGGAUGGGGAUCAUGAUGAGCCCGAUGAUGAUGAUGAGCUGAUGAAACACGAUAACGAACAGGAUGAGCUGGAGGCAGAUGAAAUGGACAGCGAUGAGAACAGUCAGGAUAUUGUGGUAGCUUAAAACAUCCACACAUAUUAUAUUAACAACUAAACCAAAAAAAAAGAGAAUCUAAUAUCCUACAACUAACCUUACCUAAUCUUAAACGAAAACAACUUUAUACCAAAUUCCUAGAAGCAAUACUCGAGCACCCUUAUAUCGAAUCGAAUUAAGCAAAUGUUUACGAAGAAACCAAUUCUCAAAUCAAUGCAAUGCGAAUCAGUCGAACUAGCCGCUUAUAUAGUUUGAGUAUGAGUAUGAGUAUGAAAAGUAGUGUUUGAGCAUGAGAUGGAACCCUUAGGAUGGAGAUGCAAUAUAAAAUAAUAAAUGAUGAUGCCAUGGAUCUCAAGUCAAUAGCAUAAUUUCCAUAUACACUAUAUAGUAUAUGCAUAUACUUACUUAACUUACUUAUUAUCAGUAUCAGGAUCAUUCUAUUUAUUAUACAUAUAAUACUAUGUAUAUCUUUAUGAUUAUACUGAAUCUAUUUCCGGUUUGGGUACAAUAGCCGAAUGAGCAAUACAACAUUCUCCAAAAGAAAACAAAAAUGAAAAAGAAAAAACAACGUUGGGCAUUUUUAUUGAAUGAACAGGAACAAAGAGCAAAACAAAAGGUUUAAAAGGAAAUCCAAAAUGUAACUUAUAGUAAAAAUCUGACACAACGAAUAUUAUGGAACAUAAGUAGAAAUUCUAUAUAUAUAUACAAAUCACAGAUCAAAUAAGAAGCAUAUAUACAAGUCAACAACAAGCAGCAGCAGCAGCUAUAGCAAAAGAGUAAAUGCAGAACAAAAGCAAAUUAUAUAUACAUAUAUAUAUAUAUAUAUAUAGCAUAUACUUAUCUAUAUGGGAAAAACAUAUUGAGUACAUAGCGAGCAGAACCAAUUUGCAUGUUUUUUUGGGUAACAAAUACUUACUUUAAGGCAUCGUUUUUAGGGCUCUAGAGAUUUAUAUAGGUACAGGGUGACUAUAUAACAUAUACUACUUAACUAGCUAAAAAAAAAAAGAAAACUAAAAACUAGACCGAGUAUUGUGCAAAGGAGAAUCCUUUCAAUCCAGCCAGACAGCCAGUCGAAAGUUUUUGGAUAUCCAUCUUCGUUGAAAGCGUUUUUGCCAAUACUCGUGCUUAUAUAGGCAAAAUAUAAUAAAAAUAAUAAUAAUGAAAGAAAAAAGCUCAUUUCGAAUCUUAGCAACUAAUCAACUAGUGGACUUUUUAGCACUUCCUGUAACUCUCUCUCGCUCUUAGUCUUUUGAAUAUUUACUUAAUGCAACAAAACCAAAUGUAAACCAAAAAAACACUUACAAACAAGGCAUCAACAAGUUCGGUAGGCCAACAGCAAACAGAUUAGCAAUUGAAAUUGAUAUUGAAAUUGAAUAAUACUCACCACAAUUUUAAAAACAAACAAAAACAGCAAAUGCAACUUUACAUUCUUAACCCCUAUUUAAGAUGAAUAACUUCCAUAAUAUGCUCUAACUCGGAUAAACAAAAAACUACUUCAAUUACUUAGAAAUGAUUAAAAUUAAUGAGAAUACAAUUUAGAAACAUAUCACAAGGACAAUACUUAAACAUUAAUACAUUCAAAUUUAAUAUAAAACAAAACGAAACAAAACAAAAAAUGGAAUCAAUUAAGAACAUUGACAAACACACACACAUUCUCAUACAAAAAAAAGAUAGCAAUUUGCAACAUAGUUAUUUUAUUACUAGACUUAGCUUAUGUACAUAUUUAAUCCAGAUUAUAAAAUAAUUUUAUACAAAACCAAAAAACCAAACAAACAAAUCCCAAAAUUAUAGCUUAAACUUUGGCAAACGUCGAGGUUCAAUAUUCCGUGCAAAUGUCAGAUAAACAUUAUAUAUAUAUCCAUUUGGACGGAAUUAUGCCCAACAUGAUUUGGGAUCGGCAUCAAGAGAAGAAGAUGAUGCGAAGAUGAGAUGUAGAUGAAGAUGGAGGAAGAGGAAGAGGAGAAGUAGAUGAAGCACUUGUAAAACAAAAUGAUAACUAAAAGCAAUUCCAAAAGUAAGUGACAUAGUUUUAAAAAUCGUAACUCUAUAUAAAAUUACAAAAACAAAACAAAAUAGUAUAUAUAAUAUAUAUACAAGAAAACAUGUAUUUAUUUUACGCGUAGUUUUUAUUCUGAAAAAAAAAACCAAAAACAAACCAUAAGCAAGCGGAGGCCGACGAAGAUGUAAACAAAUCUAAAAAGCAAAAACAAUUUAAUUAAAUUGUCAAUUAAAAUUAUUUCAUAAUUUAAGAAUUAAUGAAAGCUGACGCUGAUAGAGGUUAUUUUUUAAUGCAUAUAUAAAUAAAUAUAUAUAUAGAAGUAUAUAUAUUUAAAAACAACAACAAAAAAGAGGCAGUUUUAUAUCAAAAUUAAGCAUAGUAAAUGGAAGAAGAAAGAAGCGAACACAAACAAAAACAUUGAAAACAAUUCGAACUUAAUUAUACAACGAGAAAAAAGAAAACAAACAAACAA